CCCGGCACGGUCUUGAUCCGGGCCUGGAACACAAAGCUUGCUCGGCUUGCUGUUACUCAACUUGAUUCUUCUUCUUUGGCGCGCAAGCCCAACAACCACCGUCAAUAUGGACGUGGUCCUCGAGGUCACCGACCAGUUCAUGUUCGAUUACAUGUACGCCUGGCUACUACCAGCACGACCUGCUCUCUAUGAUUUCCCCGACAAGACCAAUGGCACCGCACAAGCUUUCUCGUCUUGGGUGUAUGAGCCCGCGACCAAGUUCUUCUCGCUCGAGCCCUCGCAGGCGGCCUACCAGAGUAUCUGGACAAGAGACAACAUCUACCGUCAGGCUCUAUCGCUCUUCCUAAUACUAUGGCUCUUCGGUCUCGUAACCUACUACGUCUUCGCCUCCCUCUCCUACAUCUUCGUCUUCGACAAGAAGACUAUGGAGCACCCCAAGUUCCUUAAGAACCAGGUCUGGCUCGAGAUCAAGCAGACCAACGCCGCCCUGCCCGUCAUGGCGUUCUUCACGUUCCCCUUCCUGGUCGCCGAAGUGCGCGGUUACUCACUCCUCUACGACACCACGGCCGAGGGUCCUGGUCGCUGGUACGACUUCUUCCAGUUCCCACUCUUCAUCAUGUUUACCGAUUUUGGCAUCUACUGGAUCCACCGUGGCCUUCACCACCCGCUUGUGUACAAGCACCUGCACAAGCCUCACCACAAGUGGAUCAUGCCAACUCCCUAUGCCAGCCAUGCCUUCCACCCCAUCGACGGCUUCGCCCAGAGCAUCCCCUACCACAUUUUCCCCUUUAUCUUUCCGCUUCAGAAGAUGGCGUACGUCGGCCUUUUCGUGUUUAUCAACUUCUGGACCAUCAUGAUCCACGACGGCGAGUACUAUGCCAAUAACCCCGUGAUCAACGGCGCCGCCUGCCACUCGGUUCACCACUUCGCCUUCAACUACAACUACGGCCAGUUCACGACGCUGUGGGACCGCCUCGGCGGCAGCUACAGGGAGCCCGACGGUGACAUGUUCGCGAAGGAGAAGAAGAUGAGCACGACGACGUGGAAGAAGCAGGUCAACGAGAUGGAGAAGAUUGUCAAGGAGGUUGAGGGUGAGGAUGAUCGGCUUUACGAGCCGACCGAGACUAAGAAGUCGAAAUAGAGUGAAGUUCGAGAAAAAAACGAGGAGGAAUAGAAAUCUCACCAGUCCCGGUUGAUGUCAUUUUUUCCCCUCAAGGGAAGAAAAAAAAGAAAAAAAAAAAUGGACAAAU